AUGGAAGGAGAUGAAAUUUAUCUCUCUGAUGAACCUAUCGUCGACCUCAUUGUCCAUGGAGUUCCGAUUGCUACCCCUAGAAUCAUGACUGAUGUGAGCAACAAAAUCAUUUUAGAUGGCAGCACUAACUACGCUAAUUGGAGAGAUGAUGUUUUGCUGCAGCUCGGUUGUAUGGACUUGGAUUAUGCCUUAAGGUAUGAAAAGCCUCCUAGACUAGAUGAUGCCUCAAAUGAUAAGGAGGCAAAAGAAAGGUAUGAAUUAUGGGAGCGGAGCAACCACUUAUCUCUUCUGCUUAUACAACAAAGGAUCACCAGAAGCAUUAGGGGAGCAAUCCCUAAAUGUGAGACAGCCAAAGGAUACCUGGAAGCCUUGGACAAGCAGUUCAAGCCAAUAGACAAACAGAUGGUUGGUGCCAUCAUGUCUGAAUUAUGUGUUAUGAGGCUUACAGGUAUUGGUGGCGUGAGGCAACAUAUAAUGAAAAUGAGAGACCUAGCCUCUUAG